AUGGCGGAAGAUAUGGGACCAGAACCGCGUGGUUUAACCCGAGAAGAAAGCGAUGGCUCAAUGCAAGCCAUAAAUAUGCUGGAAAUGUAUGCUAGAUCCUCAGUAGAAAGUUCUUCUUCCAAGAUAUCACUGGAGUCGCAGACAAACGAAGCAGGCGUUGCCAGAGGAACGUCAAGUAAUAAUACGGAUGAUAUCAUGAAUACUAUGCAGGGGGGUUUCUCGCGCCCUCAGAGUGCAAGAUUGAAGGCAACUCCGUCUACCUUUCUAUUGGGACGUACAGGCUCGGUAUCGGAUUCAUCUGUGGGUACAGAUACGGAUGAAGUCAACUUAAAGCCAAUUAAUAUAAGUGUUGAAGAUCAAAUCAGCACCUUGAAUCAGGCUGAGAAAGUUGGCAAGGAUGACUUCGACAUUCUCCGUGUACUUGGCAGUGGCGCGUUCGCCAAGGUGUUCCUGGUGAAGAAGGUCCGCGGAAAGCAAGCCGGCAAGGUCUUUGCCAUGAAGGUGCUUGGGAAGGCCCGCAUUGUUAAGGAUCCCAGAAUGAUCACGCAUACCAAGGCUGAACGCCAUAUCCUCGAAGAAGUCAACCAUCCAUUCAUAGUCAAUCUCUGUUACGCCUUUCAGACUGACGGAAAGCUGUACCUGAUCCUAGAGUUCAAGAACGGAGGUGAGCUGUUCACACAUCUGAUGAAACAGGGGGUUUUCACCGAGGGCGAG